AUGACGUUGGAGGCUAGUUUGGCUGUUGCUGAUGGCCCUCCUGAACCAAAAAUCGUGAAUAUAGUUUCCACCGUAAACUUGGACUGCAAACUAGACCUAAAGAUGAUCGCGAUGAAGGCUCGAAACGCAGAGUACAACCCGAAACGGUUUCACGCCGUCAUAAUACGAAUCAGGAAACCCAAAACCACCUCUCUCGUCUUCUCCUCCGGCAAGAUGGUCGUCACCGGCGCCAAAAGCUACAUAGAGUCUAAACAAGCGGCGUGGAAGUACUUUAACGUCGUCAAGAAAACAGGGUUUGAGGUAAGUUUCAAGGAUUACAAGAUUCAAAACAUCGUGGCAAACUGCAAGCUCAACUAUCCGAUCAGGCUCGAGACUCUUGCGCACUCCGGGACUCUUGGGUUGGCCACGUACGAGGCUGAGAUAUUUCCGGGGUUGAUAUACAGGGUUCUGAAGCCCAAGGUUGUCUUCAUUGUCUUUGCGUCCGGGAACAUUAUCAUCACUGGGGCCAAGAUCAAGGAGGACACGGACACAGCUUGGGAGCUAAUGUACCCUCUUAUUGCACAGCACGGAAGACCCGUCAACUUUGUACCAUCUUCGAUUGUAGCAUCUCCGAUCGAAGAAAAAAGUGCACCUAAAAGAGGAAAAAAGAGGGUGAUUGAAGCAUCUAGUUCUGCCUCUGGCUCAGUUUAG